AUCACUUCCGCCGGCUGUGUAACCGGCGAGGUGCGUUCACUGAGGACGUCUCUCAGCGUUUUGUUUACCCUUUGCAUGUCCAAAAGUCAUGGAUGAACCAACCGAUGAACAAACACACGGUCGGCUAUCUGUUCGUUCAGUCUGUCAAAGCGGUGCGACUGCGACAAAGAAAUCACUGCAGCUGUGGAAUAAUCUCAACGGGAGAGAAGAGGAAAUAUUGACAGGUUGAGUGUUCAGAUUUGGAGUUCAAAGAAGAGCAGAGUGGACCUCCAGUCAACCUCCAGAGUCUCCUGUGGUCGGGCCCACUGAUCUACUGUCAAAAUGGCAUCAAGACGGGGAGACAUUCCAGCACUUGAGUCUGGCACGUCAUCCGGUCUCUUCGGUGCCUUUUCGUCUCCGAUUGGAAUGACUCGGCACAAUAUCAUCUAUGACGAGCAUAUGGAUUCCCCUAUGCAUUCACCACCUCCAGACUUGGCUGUCAAUAUGUUGUGGAAAGACCCCAUCAUCCCACAGCACAAGUUCAGGAACAUUGCAGAGGAAAGCGAGAGUGGUGGGAAGUUGCUGACUUUUGAGGCAGCAGCACCAGCCAAGUCCCCAGUGCCUGUUGUGAAAGCCAAAGCCACCUCUUUAAUGAGCUCACUUAUGAUCAAGCAUACCCAGGAGAACCUACAGAGGUUUGAGCACCAGGCAGGGCUGACAGAUGCCGGGUAUUCUCCCCACAAGGGGCUCUCUGCCGAGGAGACGCGCUUUCACCGACUUGGUGACAGCACACUGCCAAAGUUGAGAAUGCCAAGCGGGGACUUCAAGGAGGACAGGCUUACAACAUCAGCACAAUCCACCCCAAGUGGCACCCCUUCUGUCACCCCCUCCGUCACCCCCAGUGUCACCCCCUGUGUUAGUCCCCACACAUCACCGGCUAUUAGUCGCAGGACCUGGUUCCAGCUGAGUCCUGCGCCUUUUCUUGCCAUCCCAGAGCCCAACAGUCUUAGCCCCAGCACAGACAUGGGAGGAAAUGAGGGAGGAGGAGGAGGAGAGAGGUGGAACUUCUUUGGAACUCGAUCUGUGGUACAGAAGUCCCCCACUGACCCAGGCUCUGAAACCAGCACAGGCUUCUCACUUCAGUCCUACUUCGGCAUGCAGAAGUCCUCUACUAUGGAUGGCACCAACACGCAGGUCAACUUCAAGGUGGACGACCCUGCCAACUUCAUGCCCCCCAAGAUUGAGAUCUCGGGCAUUGAGGGCAAGCGGGCGCCCCCUCGGCCACACAAACUUAAACCUCGGGACAUGAAUGUUUUAACACCUUCAGGUUUCUGAAGACAGACAAGCUGUGUAGUUACAUCUCUGUCUAACCUCUGCUCAUUUGUUUCCCCGUCUUUCUCUCUCUCCUCCGCCUCCCUUCAAAUCCACUAAGGUUGAGAGGAAUCAGGACUACCUUUAGGAAUAGCUCACUAGCCUCUGUGACUUCACCGCACUGUUACUCCUCCCAGUGGACCUACAUAGAUGGAUAAUCUUCUAUUAGUCCACACCCUCCUCCGCCUAUCUCUCCCAACUCAUUGGUCCAAAUAAAACACCAUAUGAAGUAACUUAAUUUGUCAUACCUAAAGAUGGCACAGCUUUGUAUUAUUAUUGUUGUUUUGUCAUGUAAUGGGUGCACUGGCAUGCCUUGCCUUGCUGUCCUCGUUCCAUUGUCAGUGCUGGCACGAGAGUGAAGUUAUUGAAAUAUCUUGUCAGCCCUUUGCUCGAGUUAAUCACUUUAGCAUCGCCAAUCAUACUGACCAGCUAUUUCAAUUCAUAAUGCUCAGUUGCCUAAUUUUUUUUUUUUUUUUAAUAAAAAUAGGCUCACUGAUUUGUUGUUGUGUAGUGCUUUUCUCUGUGAGCAUGCAGAGUAUAGUGUGGUAUGACUGAUAUUGUGCCUAAACUUGCAGCGUGUUUGCUUUCUUGCCAUCUAAGCUCAGCUUUUUUUUCCUUUUUCUUUUAAUAAUGUGCAAGAGCAUCUUAUUUUACUUUGUGAGAGUAUGACUGCUGACCUGAAGUGAUUUAUUUUUUAUUAUUGUUAUUUACAACUUAAGUAUUUUCAGAUUGUUCUGCUUUAAAUCCACAUUGUUCAUACUAAAUAGUAGUGGCUUUAUUACAUUUUUACAUUUCAUCUCAAUAUAGUUUCAACAUGCUAUAAAAAUACAAAGCAUUGAAGUGGUAAUUUUUAAUUUAUAAUUUUUUGUGUCACAACACAAGAAUCCCUGCUGUUUUAUUUGAAAAAAGUUGAUGAAUUCCAGUAAGUAAAUGCACAAGGAGAUUGUCUCCCACUUACGUCUGUAAAUAAAUCUGAUACUAACAAGCAAAAA